AUGGCCGACUGCACCGAUCCCGCCAUCGACGCUGCCUACCAGGAUGUGCGUUCCGACAAGUCCGAGACAAACUGGGUACUGCUCGACUACGAGAGCGACCGAUCCGACAAGCUUACGGUGACGGCGAGCGGCAGCGGUGGGCUGGCAGAGCUGCGAGAAGCGCUCGAUGACGGGAAGGCCUCUUUCGCAUAUGCUCGUGUGAGCUAUUCCAACGACAAAGAGUCUACACGAGAGAAGUUCAUACUGGUGGUGAGUUUGGAUAGGUGUGUUUUCCUGCUCGGAAGAACUUGGAAACCGACCUCAAUUGUGCCAGGACCCCAAUGCAAAGUCAUGCGGAAAGCCAAAAUAUCGGUCCAUGCCGCGGACGUCAAACAAACGCUGCGCGUCUUUUCGAUUGAGGUUGCUGCCCGCGAGAAGGACGACAUCAACCAUGAUGCGAUUGUUACUCGGUUGCGGAAGGCUGGUGGUGCUAGCUACGACGGAGUGUGA